GCCCGACCAUGCCGGGACUGAGCAUGAGCGAGAGCGGUGUCCUGUUUGGGAGUAGCGCUGGACUGAAAAGCCUGGCUUGCAAACCAGAGAGCCAUACCAAGAAAGCCGGGGCGCAGUUGCUGCUUCGUCGGGGAGCGCAGCCGGGAGGCGCAGUCCCGCCGAGCAACUGAAGGCGGACUUUGCGGCUGGCGCUGCUGCGAGCGUCUUUGUGCGGCGAGACAAAGUUGUGCGUUGCCGCUGGUGGGCGGAGUCCCAACGCGGAGCCCGUGGGGCUGGAAGAGCAGCAGCGACAGGAGGAAUUGCUGCAGUGUCCGAAGAACCGGCAGCCCCCUCAGCAGCGGCUCUAGCAGCAGCAGCAGCAGCAGGACGAGCAUUUGCCAGUAAUGAAAGGGGUGUGAUGCUAGGCCGGGGGUACAGAUCCUGAAGACGAAUUGAAAUCAGCUUGUUUUGAAUCUUAAAACAUUGGCAGGUUUUUGCUUCCAUCAUGACAAAGAGGCCUCAUGAUGCCCCCCUCUUCUUUUGCGUUCUCCACUUGCCAUCUUGCUAAGGCUUCGGGUCAAGAAUGAACAUAGCGGCAGUGUUCAAUGCCUUGCUAGUGUCUGUCCUUGCAGCGGUGCUGUGGAAAUACAUCAAGCUGCGAGACCACGUCUCUGUGCUGGAAGAGGAGCUGGUUCUCACUCGCCAGUCCCAGGAGCUCUCUCAGGUCCGCAUCGACUACCAUGCCGCACUCCAGGCCCUGGUGGAAGACGGCACCCGAAUGGUGUGCACUGGCAGGAUGCACACAGAUCGAAUAUGUCGUUUUGAGUCGCUGUGUUAUUCCACGGAGGCAGAGGAGUUUGUCUUCUUCCACAGCAACUACUCAGUCAUGCUUCCCAACUUGGGCUCCAGAAGGUUCCAGCCUGCCCUCCUUGAUCUGUCCUCAGUGGAGGACCACAACACGCAGUAUUUCAACUUUGUAGAACUGCCAGCUGCAGCACUGAAAUUUAUGCCAAAGCCGGUUUUUGUUCCCGACGUGGCACUGAUUGUGAAUAGGUUCAAUCCGGACAACCUGAUGCAUGUCUUUCACGAUGAUCUCCUCCCGAUCUUCUACACCAUGCAGCAGUUUCCAGAUUUGGAUCUUGAGUCACGGUUGUUUUUCAUGGAAGGGUGGGGAGAAGGCCUGCACUUUGAGCUGUACAAACUGCUGAGUAACAAGCAGCCACUCUUGAGAGAGCAGCUUAAAACCCUUGGGCGGCUCCUUUGCUUUACUAAGUCAUAUGUGGGACUAUCAAAAAUCACAACAUGGUAUCAGUAUGGCUUUGUUCAGCCCCAGGGACCAAAAGCCAACAUCCUGGUCUCUGGCAACGAGAUCCGACAGUUUGCAAAGUUCAUGAUGGAGAAGCUGAAUGUUAGUUUGGAAGGAACGCCCCAGGAGGAAUAUAUUAUCGUGUUCAGCCGAACUAUAAACAGACUAAUUCUAAAUGAGGCAGAACUUAUCUUGGCACUUGCCCAAGAGUUUCAGAUGAAAACCAUUACAGUUUCCCUAGAAGAUCAUACUUUUUCAGAUAUUGUCCGCCUGAUCAGCAAUGCAUCCAUGUUAGUCAGCAUGCAUGGAGCCCAGCUAGUUAUGUCUCUCUUCCUGCCAAGAGGAGCCACUGUUGUAGAACUCUUUCCUUAUGCUAUAAACCCUGAACAUUAUACACCUUACAGAACACUGUCUACUCUUCCUGGCAUGGACCUCCAAUACAUUGCUUGGCAGAACACUGAAAAGCAGAAUACUGUGACCUACCCAGACAGGCCCUGGGAUCAAGGUGGGAUCGCUCACUUAGACAAAACAGAACAAGAGCGCAUCAUGAAAAGCACAGAAGUUCCCCGUCAUCUCUGUUGUCGAAACCCAGAGUGGCUUUUCAGGAUCUACCAGGACACAAAAGUUAACAUUGCUUCCCUUAUCCAAGUGAUCAGGCAAACUGUGAAAUCCAAGCCUGGGCCCAGGAGGCAGAAGUGGGCUAGCGGGCUCUACCCAGGCAAAGUCCGAGAUGCCAGAUGCCAGGCCUCUGUCCAAGGAACUGCUGAAGCGAAACUCUCCGUGUCUUGGCAGAUCCCUUGGAACCUCAAAUACCUGAAAGUCAGGGAGGUGAAAUAUGAAGUGUGGAUACAGGAGCAAGGAGAGAACACAUACAUGCCUUACAUCUUGUCUCAUCAGAAUCAUACGUUUUCAGACAACAUCAAGCCCUUCACGAACUAUCUGGUGUGGAUUCGCUGCAUUUUCAACAAGAAUCUCCUGGGACCCUUUGCAGAUGUGCUGUUAUGUAGUACGUAAAAUGGCCGCCCCAUUUGGGAGAUGCUGCCCUGGCAAGUGGAUUUAAGAGAAACAAGCUGGUCCAAUCAUUCUGUAGUCUGUAGAUAACUGAAAGGGACUACAGACCAUGUCAGUGCCUAAGUGUCCAUUUGAUUGCAUUCAAUGUGUCUUCUCUUCCCCAUAUGGAAUUAUUUCCUGUUUGUCUGUAACCUUUUUUUUGGUCUUUGACAAUAGCCUACAGGCAUGAAUCUAUACACUGGCAAUCAGGAUGGAACGUAAUUGUUGAUGUACCUUGGUAAUAGUUUGAAUCCCUCUUAUUUGCGUGAUAAAAUAUCUUAAGCCCAAUUUUAAGCCAGAAUUUGGUUAUGUCACUGGAUGAGCAAUUUCUGUGUGUUGUCCAGUAUUUAAUUUCGCUCAAACUCCCCCCCCCCCCCCAAAAAAAAAGAAACUCUAUCUGUAUCCCAGAACAAAGUAUUUGGUACUUGAAUCUUCAUUAAAUUGUUGGAAACCAA